CUGGCAUGCCGAGCGAUUCACAGAAGAAUAGAUGUUUAACCACAAGCUAUAUCGGGUGGGAAAACGACGAUUGCGAAGAGUCGAAGCAUAAAUAUUUAUGCGAAUCCAUUCGCCCUCAUUCUUUGAGAAUGUCAAGCCAGAACAUCAUUAUAUCGGAAGCCAGAAAUAUCAAAAUCGAAUGCACUGCCGACGGCUUUCCACUUCCCGAUGUUGCGUGGUACAAAGACAAUCAACGAAUCACUGAUAAAACUGAUGAGCGGAUUCACCAAUCUGCUGAAUCAGCAAAAUCUACUCUUCUAAUUAACAAUGCUCGACUAGAUGAUGCUGAAACUUAUAGAUGCUACGCGAUCAACUAUGCAAAUGGCACCAAAGGAUGGACAGAAGGAUUUUCGAAACUAAAAGUGCUUCCGCUUGGAGAACCAAUCCCAGAAUAUGACAAGAUCAAAGGUUUGGAGCAGGAAUUUGAUGGAGGGGAGAACAAUGAACAUAAUAUUGAGAACAACCCAGAAGAAAAUGCUUGUGCUGGUGAGUAA